CUUGUAGCGGACUUCUUCAAGUCUCUUUACAUCUCUCUCUACACCUUUAUGCAACAAUGCCGCGCGAGGAAGCGCAGAAGAGCUCUCCUCGGACGCUGGUGCUCAUGGUUGCCUCCGCAGGCAUAGGAGGAACUCUUCAGUAUGGCUACAACCUUGCCAUAAUGAAUGCUCCUACAACAUACAUUCAAACUUUUAUCAAUGAUACAUUCUUGGAGCGUUGGAACAUGCAGUUGGAGGACUACGAGGUGACGCUGCUGUGGACAAUCAUUGUCUCCAUCUUCUCGUUGGGGGGGUUGGCCGGAGCUCUUAUUGCAGGGCCUAUGACCAUACACUUUGGGAGGAAGAAGUGUCUGCUGCUGAACAACAUUUUUCUCAUGACCGGUGCACUCUUAGCACUGACAAGUAGAGCUGCCAAGUCAUUUGAGAUGAUCAUUAUCUCACGUGUCCUUAUUGGAAUAAAUGCUGGGAUCAGCAUGAAUGUGCAACCCAUGUAUUUUGGAGAAAGUGCACCGAAGCACUUGAGAGGGGCCGUCUCCUUGUCAUCUGCUGUGUUCACAGCGUUCGGUGUUGUGUUAGGGCAGGUAGUAGGUCUCAGAGAAAUUUUGGGCAGUGAAUCGACUUGGCAGUACCUUCUUGCCAGUAAUGCCAUCCCUGGCCUCAUUCAGCUUCUGACCCUGCCCUGGUUCCCAGAGAGUCCUAGAUACCUGCUCAUCGACAAGGGAGACAAGGAAGCUUGUAUCAAUGCUCUGAGACGUCUGCGGGGCUGUGAAGUCCAGAAUAGCGAGCUAGAUGAGAUCCUGCAGGAGCAGGCCGAGAGCAAAGGCAAGAGGCCGAGACGGCCGUGGGAGCUUUUUGCUGAUCGGUCCGUGCGCUGGCAGCUCAUCUGUAUCAUUGUUGUCAGCAGCGCCAUGCAGCUCUGUGGUAAUGAUUCGAUUUACUUCUAUGCAGCGUAUGUCUUCAAAGAGGCUGGAAUAUCUGAUGAUACAAUCCAGUAUAUCACAAUUGGCACUGGGUCAUGCGAAUUCACAGCCUGUAUCUUGUGUAAUCUUCUGAUCGAGCGCAAAGGUCGACGGUUCAUGCUAAUGGGAGGCUUCAUCCUCAUGACUGUCUGGGCCAUUGUCUUCACACUCGCUCUGUCAUUUGAGCACUAUACAUCCUGGAUGCCAUACAUCAGCAUGGGCUGCAUCUUUACCUACAUUCUCAGCUUUGGCAUGGGACCAGCUGGAGUAACCGGUGUUCUUCCCACGGAGCUCUUCAAUCAGACUGCUCGGCCAGCAGCCUACAUGAUUGCGGGGUCCAUGAUGUGGAUCAAUCUGUUCAUCAUUGGAAUGAUCUUCCCAUUUCUAGUGAGUGGGUUGAGUCAGUUCUGCUUUGUUCCUUUCGGAGCUGUCUGCCUGGUGGCUGCGCUGUUCAUUGGUCUGUUCCUGCCUGAGACCAAGGGGAAGUCUCUGUCAGUCAUCACAGAUGAAUUCAACAAGCUCAACUUCAAAGGCCAGGACAAGGGUUUGCAGUCACAGACUCAAGCUCAGUACCAGCUGGGUGAAGUGUGUCAUUCCACAGCCUUGUAGGAAGCCUUUUUCUGCUGAAACAAUCUAUCCACAUGAGCUUUACUAAUCUGUGAUUCUGACCUGAUCUGCUUAAGAUGGCAGGAGUCACGCAGCCUCACAGAAACUUUCAUAUUAAAGAGAUGUAGAUUUACUGUAACUCCUUUAUCUGGAGUGUAUUUUUUUUCUUUUUCACAUUAUCUUUUGCUGCUCUGUGUCAAGUUAUUAAAACUGCCUUACUUAAAACUCUGUGGCUAAAAAGAUAUGAUCAUGUACAUGGACAAUGGUGUUUUUAUGUAAAGGUACACAGCUGACCUGAUAUGCACUUCCGACACCUUUGUUGAAACGAAAGAGCACAUUUAUUUUUUGAGUGUUUCCUCUAUAAACUAUAAACUUUCAAUUCUGAAAAACCAAACACAUUUUAUUGGUUAAGUCCUGUCUUAGGAAAACUCGUCUUUGAGAUGUCAGACAAAGAUGUAUACAGCUUAACAAACUUUUCAAUCAUCUGUGGGUUUUUAAUGUAGUAAUAAAAGCAUUAGGAUCAAUGAAUGUAUACUCUAUAAGUGAAAAGCAGUUCAACACAGGGAACGCCACUUCAUUAGGUAAAUGAAUUCAUGCAUAAAUAAACUGAUAUAUCUAUGAAAUGAAUAAAUGCGACUAUAGAAAAAAAUCUGAAGAAAAGAAGAGAAAACAUGAGUCAGGCCUAAUCCUAUUUCUUACUCCUCAGUCCUCUACCUACCCUUUUUCUCUCGAGCGCACCCUUACCAAUACCCUUUAACACAAAGGGCCAAGGGGCAGGGGUGAAAGUGUUCUCCUAAGAAAUGGGACGCCCUUUGGACUUUGUUUUUAUGUAAUGCUCGUAUUAGCAAACUUCUACGUUUUUUUUAUGUUAAAGGAAGUCCUUAAAUAUCAUCGCAUAAGACUGAAUAUAACAUCAAACUAUGAUUUUCAUAAUUUUAUAAUGUUGUUUCUUUGCUUGAUCGUGCAGCCAUGUUGCCCUGGACUCACUGUUUUCUGUGUAUCCCUCGGUUUGAAGUGUGAUCCUAAAAAAUCUCCAUUUGGAGGAACGUGUAGUUUUUUAUAUUAUCCCCUCCCUUUCAGCCUGUCCCUAACUUGAACGUGCAAAAUGUAGGGGUAUGGCUUUAAUUAUAAAAUAUGGAAGUACUGUAAAUUUUCCAUUAAUACACAGUUUUUUAAGUGUAAAAAAAAAAACAUUCAUCAAUAGAUUUUCUUUUUAAUAAAGCCACAUUUGUUUAAAUCGGUUUUAUCAAAAUGAAGGUGUGCACUUAUCUCACAGACUCAAAUCAUUAAGUAGAAAUCUACUUAUCUGGAUAAUGAAAAUCAACACUUUCUGCACUUUAUAUGGAUGAUUGAUAUAUUUAUACAUCUAGAUAUUGAAUAAUUUCAGGUUUAGUUUUAUAGGCAUAUUUUUUUAAUGUUGAUCUAAAUUCAUCCUCCACUGUGCGAUCUUUAUCCAUCACUACAAGUAGCACAAUACUGGGCAUUACUGCUUUUAAUGAAGACUGAAAUCAUCUCCUGUUUAAAGUUAAAUGUGUGCAAUUGUUUUUAAUGAAUAUUCAUGUUAUUCCUUUUUGUUUAAUGAGCAAAU